GCUUAUCUUCCUAGGAAAAAAGCUUGAAACCCGAGGAGGAGAUAAAAUUUUGUUACGACGAUGGGAUUUUGACAUAGAGUAUAUGAAAGAAGCAAUUUUUUUUUUUAAAAAAAAAGAUAAAAUGGCUGACAGCAGCUAUGACUGGGAAGAAUCAAGCUUACUAUGUGAAGAGACAAACAUUCCAUGCUUCUUUGAUCUUGAUUCUCCGGCGACGGUCGAGGUAACCCAAGAAACCGAUGGCUAUAAAGGCUUCAUCUUUGGCAUUAGAAGGUUAGAGCCAUUGAUUGAUUUCCCUUGUCUGAGUGAGGAAAGCUUUGGGUCAAUGGUGGAAAGGGAGGGUCAAUAUAUGCCCAAGGAUGAUUAUCUCAAGAGAUUGAGAUGUGGAGACUUGGAUUUGGCACUGAGAAGAGAGGCUCUUGACUGGAUUUGGAAGGCUCAUACCCAUUAUAGAUUUGGGGAUUCUAGUUUUUGUCUGUCAAUCAAUUAUUUGGAUCGAUUUCUCUCCAUGUAUGAAAUGCCAAACAACAAAACUUGGGCUGUCAAGUUGUUAUCUUUGGCGUGUUUAUCAUUAGCAGCCAAAAUGGAGGAGAUCAACGUGCCUUUGACUGUCGAUUUGCAGGUUGGGGAGCCCAAAUGUGUGUUUGAUGGCAAUACCAUACAAAGAAUGGAGCUUCUUUUGCUGCGCACCUUGCAGUGGAGAAUGCAACCCUAUACUCCAUUGACUUUCAUUGACCAUUUUCUGAGAAAGAUUAAUGGUGUUGAUAAAUACCCAUCACUGCCCUUGAUUUCCAGAUCAAUGCAGAUCAUCUCAAGCACAACUAAAGGAAUCGAUUUCUUGGAAUUCAGGCCGUCUGAGAUUGCUGCAGCAGUGGCAAUGCUGGUUUCAGCAGAUGCUAUAGCUGCUGGAGAAGACAUAUUUAAGGAUGUCCCUUGUUUCUCACUAGUGCAAAAGGAAAGGGUGAUGAAGUGUGUUGAACUGAUUCAAGAUUGGGCAAAUGGAGGAAGGGGAAGAAAUGGUUCUUCUUCUUCUUCUUCUUCUACUCCCCAAAGUCCCAAUGGGGUUCUGGAAGCUGCAUGGUGGAGCCACAAAAGUGAUGAGAGGGCAGUUGGGUCAUGCCCAGACACUAAAAGGAGGAGAUUAGACACAUCAAAUGAGGGGAAUUGAUUUUUGUUUUUCAAAUUUUAAAAAGAUAAAACAGAAAAAACAUAAAGACGAAAAGUGAGGGGCUUUGAGCAAGUCUAUUUGAUUUAAGACAAAAAAGGAGAAAGAAUUAGAGAGGCAAGAAGUGAGGUAGCUGCUUUUGGCAUGAAAAGAAUUGUGAUCAGCCGUUAAUAAUUUUAUCCCUUAUUA